CUUUCAUCACUUGAUGGACAUCUAUAUAUAUUCUAAUCUAUAAUACCCCUGCAAAAGACUCACUUUUUCCCAAGCCAAAUUUUCCCUGUGUCGAUUGGAGGCAAUGAUUUAAAAGAAAGUCUUGAGAUUCCUUGAAAGAGCUUGAGCUGCCCUCAAAUGGCUGUUCAUCGACUUCCUCUUCCAAAAUCCACUUUCAGAAGUGGAAUUCUCUCAUCAAAAUUCACAUCUUCAACUCCUUUACUUCCUACUAAUUUCAAUUCUUUCAAACUUCACACUAUCUACUCGCCUUCAAAUACCGCCCUUCGAUUCCUCCAGACCCAGUCUACUCCAGGACCUCUUUACGAUCCUGUCUCUUCUUCGGUCUCUCCUUCGGAUUCCUUUCUACUGGAAAAAAUUUUGUUCAGCUUGAAGCAGAAUAAUGUAAGUUAUUUGCGCGAUUCUCUUUUACGCCUGAGCCCUUCUCUUUUACUCCAAGUUCUCUUUAGGUGUCGUGAAGAUUUACAUUUGGGCUUAAAAUUCAUUGGCUUAGUUUCUUAUUAUUUCCCGAAUUUCAAGCAUUCCUCACUUUCUUUGAGUGCAAUGGUUCAUUUUUUAGUGCGCGGCAGGAGGCUCUCAGAAGCCCAAGCUUGCAUUCUUAGGAUGGUGAGGAAAAGGGGGGUCUCACGAGUUAAGGUCGUCGAAUCCUUAAUUUCGACGUGUUUUAAUUUCGGGUCGAUUGGUUUGGUUUAUGAUUUGUUAGUAAGGACUUAUGUGCAAGCUAAAAAGUUAAGAGAAGGGUCUGAAGCAUUUCAAAUUUUGAGGAGAAAAGGAGUUUCUGUUUCUAUAAAUGCUUGUAACAAGCUCCUUGGUGGUCUUGUGAGGACUGGGUGGGUUGAUUUAGCUUGGGAAAUAUACGGGGAAGUUGUGAGAGGGGGUAUUGAGUUGAAUGUUUAUACACUCAAUAUUAUGGUUAAUGCUCUAUGUAAAGACCGCAAAUUUGAGAAUGUGAUGUUCUUCUUAUCAGAUAUGGAAGAAAAAGGAGUUUUUGCUGACAUUGUGACAUAUAAUACACUCAUCAGAGCUUACUGUCGUGAAGGACUUGUUGAAGAAGCAUUCCAAUUGUUGAAUUCAUUCUCCAGUAGGGGUAUGGAACCAGGCGUUCUAACUUAUAAUGCUAUCUUAGUUGGCCUGUGUAAGGUAGGUAAGUAUGACAGGGCAAAGGGUGUUUUAAUUGAGAUGUUGCAACUUGGAUUAACGCCUAAUGCUGCUACAUAUAACAUAUUGCUAGUUGAGAUUUGUCGAAGAGACAAUAUUUUAGAAGCUCAAGAGAUAUUUGAUGAAAUGUCACGUCAUGGUGUUCUUCCUGAUCUGGUUAGUUUUAGUUCUCUGAUUGGUGUGCUUGCGAGGAAUGGACAUCUUUCUCAGGCUUUGAUGUAUUUUAGGGAGAUGGAAAGAUCUGGUCUAGUACCUGAUAAUGUUAUUUAUACUAUUCUUAUAGAUGGGUUUUGUCGAAAUGGUGCUCUUUCAGAUGCUUUGAAAAUGCGGGAUGAGAUGCUUGCUCGUGGGUUUUUCAUGGAUGUGGUUACAUAUAAUACUUUUUUGAAUGGAUUCUGCAAGAAGAAGAUGCUUGCGGAUGCAGAUAUGUUAUUUAAGGAAAUGGUCGAGAGAGGUAUGGUUCCGGACUUUUAUACUUUCACCACACUCAUUCGUGGAUAUUGCAAGGAUGGAAAUAUGGAUAAAGCACUGAAUUUGUUUGAAACAAUGGUUCGUUCAAACCUCAAGCCAGAUAUAGUGACAUACAAUACGUUGAUUGAUGGCUUUUGCAAAGCAGGCGAAAUGGAAAGGGCCAAGGAGUUGUGGGAUGAUAUGAUCAGGAAAGAUAUUCUCCCCAACCACAUUUCCUAUGGAAUUGUAAUAAAUGGUUUUUGUAGUUCAGGCCUUUUACCUCAGGCUUUGCAUUUGUGUGACCAGAUGGUUGAAAAGGGCAUCAGACCCAAUCUCGUCACUUGCAAUACUUUAAUUAAGGGAUACUGCCGGUCCGGUGACAUGCCAAAGGCUUAUGAAUAUUUGAGCAAAAUGAUAUCAAAUGGAAUAAUUCCUGAUAGCAUCUCAUAUAAUACUCUUAUUGAUGGAUAUUUGAAAGAAGAGAACCUAGAAAAAGCUUUUGUAUUGAUUAAUGAGAUGGAAAAACGAGGGCUUCAACUUAAUGUUAUUACAUACAAUUCAAUUUUGAAUGGAUUCUGUGCCGAAGGAAGAAUGCAAGAGGCUGAGCAUGUAUUAAGGAAAAUGAUUGAGAUUGGCAUAAAUCCGGACAGAGCCACGUACUCUUUUCUGAUAAAUGGUCAUGUCAGCCAAGACAAUAUGAAGGAGGCAUUUCGUUUCCAUGACGAAAUGCUCCAACGAGGACUGGUGCCUGAUGAUAGAUUUUAAAUUUGCACUUCAAUGGAUGCAUGUCGACUAUUUAAUGAAGGCAAAGGAUACUUCACAUUUAAUCUGAACCUGAAUGCUGAUACCUUUGCUUUGAUGGAUUUGACUCCUUUUGCUAACCCCCCCACCUCCUUUUUGGUAAAGAGGAGAGAAAAACUUGUGGGCAAGAGUUGAUCACGAGUCGGGUUAAUCAUCACAAAGAGAUUGGAUUGUAAAGGAGCCAUUUGAUCCUGGCAGCCAAAACAUUUUUGUUGUUGCAUCGAGGAAUGCAAGAUACAGGGAGUCAAAAGAGGGACAUGAUUCAUGUAGAUCAAUCUCCCAAAAGGUAUUAUAAAGCCAAGGUCCCAAUUGUUUGUUGCUAAGUUCUAAAUUCCAAAAAUCUUUAAUAGGGGAUGAGGAAAGCCAAGACAGGUAUAUUCACUCGUGGUCGUUUUCACAAUUCUUCAAUCCAAAAGACAGCAGCUACUACCGUCAGUUUGAAUCCACCAUAAAGGAAGCCUGAAACGUGAAAUCAAGCCUAUCUGCGUUCUUCGCUAGCUUGACUAUCGGUGAAUACUGUAACGUUCCAACAAUUAAGGUUGUGCACCUCACAUGUACGGUGUCACCACCUUAUACAGCUUAAUGAUUGUGUGCGUUCGACGACACCACUAGUUGUUAGUCUCCAUGUGUGGUCCAACGGGAUCACUCCGUUUAGGAAAAGGUCUUGGAAAUGAAAAGUUGGGGAGCAAUAGGAAGGACCCAUGACAUGCCAUAUGAGGAAUCAAUUCUGUUUCUAUUUUUUAUUCAUUCGUUUUUAGUCUUCUUGAUUUUAAACAUUUUAUUUAUUUUCUUUAAAAUUAGUUAAAACCAGCUCGAGCUUGUUUUUGUGGUAUUUUUUUUUACGAUUUCAUCAAAUUAUGUUUUACGAUCAUGUACAUUAUGUUUUAUUUUGCUACAAUGACACUUACUUAUCUAUGGCCUCUAGCUCGUUUUAUUUAGUCA